UCGCUUGCUCUCGCAUAUGUUCUGCAUUUGAAGGGAAAGACAGAGGGUAGGAGCUGAAAGCUAGAGUGACAGUUCUAAAGAGAAAAGCUAGAGUGACAAGACACGGAAGCACACGCAUACCAGAGAGCUGGGUAAUUAUAUAUCACAGGCACGCACAAACAUUGUCACACACACACACACACCAGGGGAUCGAAUCUUUGUACGUGGUUAUAGAUUCACAGAGCAGUAUGGCUCGCAUCCUCUUGUUGCUGUUGGCUACGCUUGCGAGCCUCCUUCUGCCGUCCGCGUCCUGCGACUACGCGAGGCACGACGGCCACCGGUACAGGCACCCGGUCGGCGUGCGGAGGAUCGUAGUGGACGCGAGCGGCGCCGGCGACUUCAUCUCCAUCCAGCAGGCCGUCGACUCCGUGCCGGCCAACAACACCAUGCGCGUCAUCAUGCAGAUCAACGCCGGCUCCUACAUAGAGAAAGUGGUGGUGACGGCGUCGAAGCCGUACAUCACGUUCCAGGGCGCCGGGCGUGACGUGACGGUGGUGGAGUGGCACGACCGGGCGAGUGACCGCGGCCCCGACGGGCAGCCGCUCCGCACCUACAACACCGCCUCAGUAACCAUUCUCUCUGACUAUUUCACCGCUAAGAACAUCAGCUUCAAGAACACAGCUCCGGCACCAAUGCCCGGCACGCAGGGGGGGCAGGCGGUGGCCUUCCGCAUCUCCGGCGACAAGGCCUUCUUCUUCGGCUGCGGGUUCUACGGCGCGCAGGACACGCUCUGCGACGACGCCGGCCGGCACUACUUCCGCGACUGCUACAUCGAGGGCUCCAUCGACUUCAUCUUCGGCAACGGCCGCUCCCUGUACAAGAACUGCGAGCUGCACUCGACGGCGCAGCGGUUCGGCUCGGUGGCGGCGCAUGGGCGGCACAGCCCGUGCGAGCGCACCGGCUUCGCGUUCGUCAACUGCCGGGUGACGGGCACGGGGAGGCUCUACGUGGGGCGAGCCAUGGGGCAGUACUCGCGGAUCGUGUACGCCUACACCUACUUCGACAGCGUCAUCGCGCCCGGCGGCUGGGACGACUGGGACCACGCCGGCAACAAGAGCAUGACGGCGUUCUUUGGGAUGUACAGGAACUGGGGCCCCGGCGUCGACGCGGUGCACGGCGUGCCGUGGGCGCGGGAGCUCGACUACUUCGCCGCCCGCCCCUUCCUCGGCAAGAGCUUCGUCAAUGGAUACCACUGGCUCACACCUGAUGUCUGAACAAUCACUCAAGAGUCGCAGAGAUUAACUGCAGCAAACAAGAUUCAUUUCUUACAUCACAAACACAGAAUAGAAUACCCUCUUAUAAGCUAUAUAGUGAUCAAGUAGUACAGUUAAAUUGUUUCGUCGGUUCCAAAGUGAAGCACAGUUCUGUACAAGAUUUAUAGAGUUUCCAAGACUCUCACGUACCAAUGUAAACAAUACAGUGAGUUGUGAAUUCGUUUUACGUCUGUAUAUGAGGCUUUAUAACCGAGGACGACAGAAACACUAUCAUGGGUAAAGCUAUAGAUCUGAGCACGUCA